AUGGCCGCCUUUCGCUUCCUCGACCUUCCCCGCGAACCUGAUACUGUCACGGACGAUAUGAACACCCUAGAGCACUUCAGCCCGAGCAUUUUACGCGUCAACAAGCAAGUGUACUCCGAAGGCUACAACGUCAUGAUCAAGGUUAACCGCUUUGUGCUCGUGACUUGCAAUGGCGGUCUGUAUUUUUCGCAUAUGCUCAUGCAGAACGACGUACCUUUUCUAGCCGUCGACCAUGGAUUUGGAGCCUCCUCCAGUGAUCCUGCGACCAGGGAUUUCCGGGGUCAUGCCAUACAUGUCACCAUAGGGAACAGCAAGUAUGAUUUUCCACCGUAUCAAACAGAGGCCCCAACGACAUACUUCUCCUCCACUAAAGUACAAAAGGAGCUACUGGAACCCUUCCGCCGAACAAUCAGUGACGUACCAAACGUCGACAUUAGUGGCAUAGUCGACGAAUCCCUGGUUCGAUCAGCCCUAAAGGACCUCGCACGAGACAAAUUUGACGACCUCGACGACUUGAUCGAGUCAUGGAGAGCGCGCGUGGCACAAGGUACAAAAUUGUGCGAGCGAGGAAACCGUAAUGGUUCAGCGCAUUGGUUCAAAGUUAUUAAGGAAAUUAUGAAAGCGGUCGAUGGGCCCAUGUGGACCCGCGUCGUUGAAAAGGGCGGCUCUCCGUUCGUAGGAAAGGUCGCAGAGCUUCACUACACUGCCAACCUCCACAUCGUGGCUUAUUUCCUCCUGUGGCUCGAAGAAGGAAAUCGCAAUGCCAUACCUAGCAUCCAAUAUGCAUACGAGAACGUGAAACGUGGUAUGGAGGCAGAAUACUGGGGAAUUGAGCACUCAUGGAAACCAUCCCCGGCACAACAUUUGCACAGCAUAUUUUAUUAUGCAAAGUUCAGUAGGUUAUCGGGAGUGCUGACCCUGAUUCCGGUCGCAGUCGACACGAUCGAUCAACUGGUUGAAUUAUGCCCGAGCGACCCCGAAAUUCUGGACGAAAAACGGAAGAUUGAAGCAUGGAAGCGGAGUGCAGGUCCCGUCGACGAGAGUGCCUUCAACGCUACGAUGAACGGGCUUGAACUAUAA